AUGCGUUUCGCACGUUCCUUUCUUCUUUAUCUACACUCGUCUUUGAACCCCAGCGUCAGAUUCACCGCCAAAAUACACAUGACUCAAAGAAAGCUUCCAUCUUCUUUUCCUUCCGCCAUUAUUUCAAUUUUUUUCGUUCUUCCAAUUUUUUACUCUCUAUUUUCUUGUUUGCCUUGUCGUCUGCUUUCUUCAGUUGUUGAUCUCCGUCCAGCUAAUUCUAUCUAUCUAUCUAUCUAUCUAUCUAUCUAUCUAUCUAUCUAUCUAUCUAUCCCAGUCGUUUCUUUCUAUCUAUUUAUCUAUCUAUCUAUUUUAUACUUUCUCUCCCUCCGCUCCCCCAUCUCUCUCUCUCUCUCUAUCUAUCUAUCUAUAUAUAUAUACCUUUUUUUCGUCCCUUGGUUCUUUCUUUCUUUCUUUCAUCAUUACACAAAACGUCUUCUUUUUCUUCUCUUCAUCCUCUCCUUUCAUCUUCUCCUUCCCCUCCUCCUUCUUCAUAUUAAAAUUUUUCCGCUUCCUUUCUUUGUUUCUUUCUUCUUCUUCUUCUACUUCUUUCACAUGUUUCUUCUCUCUAUAGUCCCUUGGUUCUUUCUUUCUUUCUUUCUUUCUUUCUUAAUUACACUACAAGUCUUAUUCUUUUUUUUCUCAUCCUCUCCUUUCUUCUUCUUUUCUUCCUCCUCCUCCUUCUCCUCCUGUUUCUUCUUCUUCUUCUUCUUCUUCUUUCUAAAGUCCCCUCUUUCUUUCUUUUCUUUUCUUUCUUUCUUUCUUUCUUUCUUUCUUCUUUUCUUUUCUUUCUUUCUUUCUUCUUUCUUUUUUUCUUUCUUUCUUUUUCCAUAA